AUGGCCUCCAAGUUCCUAAGAGAAUACAAGCUGGUCGUCGUCGGCGGCGGUGGUGUCGGUAAAUCUUGUUUGACUAUCCAGCUCAUCCAAAGCCAUUUCGUAGACGAAUAUGAUCCCACCAUUGAAGAUUCAUACCGCAAGCAGUGUGUCAUUGACGAAGAGGUCGCUCUGCUCGAUGUCCUCGAUACCGCUGGUCAGGAGGAGUACUCGGCUAUGCGAGAGCAAUACAUGCGCACUGGAGAGGGUUUCCUGCUGGCCUAUUCCAUCACUAGCCGACAGAGUUUCGAGGAAAUCACCACAUUCCAGCAGCAAAUUCUCCGCGUAAAGGACAAGGACUACUUCCCCAUGGUCGUUGUGGGCAACAAGUGCGAUCUGGAGAGUGAGCGCGAGGUCUCAAGACAAGAGGGUGAGGCUUUGGCCAAGUCUUUCGGCUGCAAGUUCAUCGAGACUUCCGCCAAGUCGCGCAUCAAUGUCGACAAGGCCUUUUAUGACAUCGUCCGCGAAAUCCGUCGUUACAACCGCGAGAUGCAGGGCUACUCGACUGGCAGUGGCGGCAACGGUGGUGGCAACGGCCCCUCUGGCAAGAUGGAGAUGAGCGAGGGCGAGUCGGAAGCCGGCUGCUGCUCCAAGUGCAUCAUCAUGUAA